AUGCCUAUAUCGCCGAGAUGGUCCUACAUCUCCAACGUUUCCGAUGUAUCCGGUUACAGUGGUACGUCAGUGUACAUCAGGGGAGAAGAAGAAGCCCUCUUAGUGAACAAAGCCUUCCAAAAUGUCACGAACUACGUCUACAGGAAACCGAAUCCAUACCCGCAAGACACCAAGCGAUUGGGCAUCAUUGUCCUGAUAUUCUGCAUCGCCAUUCCAGUGGUCAAGAUCAUAAUUGGUAUCACGCAUAGGAAUGAAUGUGAUACUAACAAGCACAUACCUACCCUUCUGUACAUCACUGGGUUUCUGCAGGUAUGUUUUGCAGUGACUUUUAUAGUCAAGUUCCUGUCGAAGAUGAUUUUCCAGCUCAUACUCGGAGUGGGUUGUGUUACGAUGUUCCUCAUUGGAUCAGUGGGUACCUUCAUUGAGUACCAGCCAGACUAUUACAAAGGAUCUUGGAGGUACUGUGAUUACAAUUUGUACAUGUUCGCCUUUUUCUGUUACAUUGCAGAGUACUUGAUGCUAGCUGUUGUUGUUUUGUAUGUUUGUAUUAUGUUUGCUUUUUAUAUUCCGGACGAGUAA